GGAAAGGGAAUUAAAAAAUAUUAAAAAAGAAAAAAAUGUUGAAAUCAAUAUGUUCAAAUAUACUGUUACUAACAAUGUUAUUAAAUGUUCAUUUAAUUGUUAAUACUAUGGAAUUAUCUUAUGAUGCUCUACGUAAUAAAAUAAUGGAAGCUGAACGUAUGUCAUCUUUGGGUGGUAAUCUCUGGCUAUCGUCAGCCGAAGAGAAAGCCAACAGCAUAUUAAUGAAUGCCAAAAAGGAAGAGAUAACUGAGGGUUUCAAAGAUCCCACCAAAUAUCCGCCAGCCAUGCAUUUCUUCCAGGGCAAACAGUAUUUACGCCAAAGUGAGGUCUUUCGCAUUAUACAAAAAAUGCCCAAGGGGGCUUUUUUACAUGGCCACAACAAGGGUAUGGUCAGUUCCAAAUGGGUUAUAGCCAAUCUAACAAAUUUAUAUAAUUUGUACACCUGCCGCGAUGUCAGUGGUUUGCUGAUAUUCACCUACGAUCAGAGCAAGUGCCAUAGUGAGGUGCAAAAUGUUUGUUUGGAACGUGUCAAUGCAGAGGAUAAGAGAUUGUAUGAAAAACAAUUGGAAAAGCAUAUAAAUAUGUACAGCAUGCAUCCGGAAUCUAUGAUCACUGAUCGCAGAAAGAUUUGGAAACGUUUUGAGAAUAUUUUUCAAACCGUUGACCAAUUGUACAAAUAUCAACCGGCAUUUUGUAAUUAUCAUAAACGUUUGUUGGAGGAGUUGUGUGAGGACAAUAUAAUUUAUGCUGAAAUAAGAGCAUCUUUAUCGCCGUUAUAUGGUGACAAUAAUGUAACCUUCAACUCUCUGGAAGUGGCCAACGAAUUGGAGAAAAUAGUGGAAAGUUUUAAAGUAAAACAUCCGGAUUUUAUGGGCAUGAAAAUAAUAUAUGCCAAAAGGAAUAAGGCCACAGUAGAUGAAAUGACACAACGUCUAACAACAUUCAAACAACUGCAUAAUGCCAAGCCGAAUUUUAUAAUAGGUUUCGAUUUGAUAGGACAUGAAGAUUCAGGAGAUCCAUUGCAUAAAUUUGCCAAUGAAUUGUCGGAUUUGCCGGCAACUGCACACUUUUUCUUUCAUGCUGGAGAGACUAAUUGGUAUGGACGCACUGAUUGGAAUAUGAUGGAUGCUUUGCUCUUAAAUACCAAACGUAUUGGACAUGCUUUCGCCUUGCCCAAACAUCCUCAAUUGUGGUCUACUAUUAAAAAACGUAAUAUAGCCAUUGAGGUAAAUCCCUUAUCAAAUCAAGUGUUGGGGUAUGUUUGGGAUUUGAGAAAUCAUCCGGCCGCAUUUUUAAUAGCCGAAAAUUUUCCCAUUGUCAUAUCGGCCGAUGAUCCGGGGGUGUGGAAUGCCAAGGGUUUGAGCUAUGAUUUCUAUUAUGCUUUUAUGGCUUUGGCACCAGCGGAGGCGGAUUUGAAAUUUCUUAAACAAUUAGCUUUAAAUUCAUUAAAAUAUUCCAUACUUACUUCCGAGGAACGUCGCAAAAUCAAUCGGAUUUUCCAAAAGAAAUGGGAGGAGUUUAUUUACAAUAUAAUCAAUAUGAAAUUUUAAUUUAAUAAAACUUAAUUUUAUUUUAUCAACUAAA